UUUUUUGUUAUUGAUAUUUUUAAAAUUUGAGGUUAUGUUAGGAUUAUCAAUAAUUUAAUUAAAUAGAUUCUAUAAAGCUAAAGAUUAUUACAAACAGUAUUUGAUCGUCGAAUUUGCGGUGUUAACUGCUAAUAAUAUCAAGACAGACGAUAUGCAAGACUUCAAAUUAAAACCUAUGAAAUGCGAACUGAAUUAUCUCAGUAAAUCUGAUGGGUCGGCUAUUCUCUCACAAGGCGAUACAGUGGUUCUAGCAAGUGUCAAUGGCCCAAUGGAUAUCAAGACAGUAAACCAGAGCAUAGAGAAGGCAACUCUUGAAGUGCUCUUCUGCAGCAAAGAGGGAAAACCCUCAGUUGCUGAUAGGUAUAAAGAAAAUAUAAUUAGACAUACUUGUGAGACAGCCAUUUUGGGCUGCCUGUACCCUCGCACUGGCAUCACCUUGACUAUACAGGAGUUGGAAAACUAUGGAGGGUUGCUGACGUGCGCGGUGAACUGCGCGUGCCUGGCGCUGAUCAACUCGGGCGUGGGCAUGCGGCACGCGGUGGCGGCGCUGAGCUGCUGCGUGGACGGCGCCGGCGAGCUGGUGCUGGAGCCGACGCACGCGCAGGCGACGGCCGCGCGCGCCCGCCUGCACUUCGUGUUCGACAGCCGGGAAAAGAGCCUCGUCACUGGUUUCACUGAGGGUACAUUCAGCGAAGGCACAUACGAGGAGGCGUUGGCUCGGUGCCGAGCUGCCAGCGACCUGGUGUUCGCCUUCUACCGCGACAUCGUCAGCAACUAUUGCCACGUUAUCUGACAGCCGGCGCGACCCGAAUAAAGGUCACAGCAAACAUAACGACUCGGAAAGUGAUCGUAUCGUAUUGUUUACAAGGUAGCUGUAUGGGCCGGAGCACCCCAACCAACCGUGCACUAUCUAACUGGGGCCGCGGGUCUCACAAACAAUGUAGGUGCCAAUAAUAGAGAACACCAACAACUUGGCAAACCAAUGGCUUGCCUCAUAUACCCUAGUAUGAACCAAGUCAUAUCGCGAUCCAAAGUGUGAGUGGCGCCAUCUAGUGCCACUGCACGUGAACAGUAGCAACUACUACAAUCAUGGGCGUUUCGAUCAUCAGGAUUGUAUCUAGGACGAGGGGGUGGGGGGGGCAGUUAUACUUAAAUUCUCUCUCUCAGUUAUACUUAAAUAAUCUCGCCAAUUGAUACUGUCCAACCGAAACCGAAUUUCAGCUUCAGCCUCAGUUAACAAUUCUUAAGUAACCGACCGCUCUGCUUUGGGGGGGGGGGGGGGGGCAGCUGCCCCGCAUGCCCUUAAACUACUCAAUUAAAGUAUAGUCCCCCCCCCCCUUUCCAAGAUCAUACAAUCCUGUACUGGACCCAUACUGGACCGUUCCAUACGAUACUGUGUCGAUCCGUUUCCUAGUUAAUGUGUGCUAUGUACCUUAAAGCGGGACUUAAGUGAUGCCUUAUUUUACCAACACGAUCCUAAAAGAGGUUCUCAAUUGGACUGUAUUUUAUUUUGUGAAAUUUCUAAAUACAAUUACUUAACUAGAAGUUAAGUAAUUGUAUUUUGAACUUUGAACUUAACUAGAAGUUAAGUAAUUGUAUUUUGCAGUGCUCUAAGACAUUUUACAUGUACUACUAAGUACAAAAUUGUUAAUGAUAAGGCUUUAAUUAAAAGGCAAUUUAGGAGUAUAUUUUUGUAAAUAAUAAAUUAAGUAAUUGUAAAUGCUAAAUUAACUUGAAUAGAUUUAUUUUAAUAGUGAUAGUUUUUUUUUUAAUUAUUUAUGCUUAUUUAGAAAUCAAUACACAACACUUAAUACAGCCCAAUUCAAACUUUAUGACGUUUCGGAUUUUUUAAAUUUUUCUUUAUUUAUUACAAGUUAGCCCUUGACUACAAUUUCACCUGAUGGUAGGUGAUGAUGCAAACUAUGAUGGAGGCGGUCUAACUUGUUAGAACUCUCCUCCUAACAAGUCAGCCCGCUUCCAUCUUAGACUGCAUCAUCACUUACCAUCAGGUGAGAUUUGUAGUCAAGGGCUAACUUGUAAAGAAUAAAAAAAAAUCAUUGCCGUGUUCUGUGCGCUCUAUCUGCGUAUAAUUCUUUCAUCUGUGUGCAUUAACGCACGAUGAGGCAUCAUAAAGAUAUUACUGAGACGGGCAGCGUGACGUCAGGAAUGUGUAUUCAAUGAAAAUCUUCGUAUAGUUCCAACAAAUUGUAUUAUCACCAACAAAGAUCGCGCUCGACUGACUAUCAGAAGACGAAAUAAUUACCGACUAUGACUCUAACAGUUUUACAAUUCAAAAUGGUUUUCGUGUCUUACAACUACUUUUUAUUUAUACAGUUUUACGGCUUAGUCCAACAUUAUGAAAUUAAUAUUAUUAUAAUAUUUAAAUUAAUUAUAAAAUGUAAAUAGUUUAAUCUGAGUUUAAAUAAUAAAGCUAAAGAUAGAAUCUUUAGGUUUAGUCAAAUCAGUAUCUUAUAAACGAAAAACUGUAAUCAUGACAUUGAAGAAUUAUUAUCAGCCAAUAACAGACAAUGUUUAUAAUAACGUAUAGAUAGAUAUUUAUAGUUUGUUAGAUGGAACUCGUAGGCCCUCGUACCAUUAUACCUAAGUUUUAACCAAGCCUAGGUAAAUAAGUGUGUUUCAAACGACAAUUUGAUAAUUAUCUUCAUAUAAGUGGGCAUGUCUCGCACUUGCGCCAGACUAUAAACAGGAAUAGUAAUUGCGCGGCGUGUUUGUGAUGCUGAUCGCUCCCGAAUAUAAAGGACACGGCGCGGAGUAUUGUAAAUUGUUUUGUUGUUAACCCAGGGGCACACCGAGCGAACGAUAAACAGCAACCUAACUAUACUUGAGGGGUAUAGAAGAAAUAACUUUAAAUAGUUUCAAAAAACACUAACACGCAAAAAAAGCACGCACUAAAAAUUACAAAUAUUGGAUUUAAGUCACGUGCCAAUUUUUUUGUAUUCCUGACAGUAACUCUUUCAUCUACUAUAUAUGAAAAUAAGUCGGGUUUUCUAUCCUGACGCUAUAACUCCAGAACGCACGAACCGAUUUCCCCGGUUUUGCAUUCGCUGUAAAGGUCUCGGGCUCCGUGAGGUUUAUAAUAUAACUCUACCCCUACCCUAACUCCGGUUAGGGUAGGGGUAGAGUUGGGUAGGGUUAGUUGAAAGUUUACAUCGAGUUUCACGCGGACGAAGUCGCGGGCGUCCGCUAGUUUGAUAUAUAUAAUGGGGGUAGAUUUCAAACAGACAGUCCGCCAUCUUGGGGAGUUUGAAAUAUUGGAUUUGUAAUGACGUUUCUUAGCUACUCAUGUAUUGUCAUCAGAAUUCAGAGCGUGUGCAAAAUUUCAUCCUAAUCGAAGACCGGCAAGUGGGUCAAGUUACGAUUCCAAGAUUUUCCAGAUUCCGGAGGGUGUGCGUUCGAAUCCGGCCCGGGGCAUGCACCUCCAACUUUUCAAUUGUGUGCAUUUUAAGAAAUUAAAUAUCACGUGUCUAAAACGGUCAAGGUAAACAUCGUGAGGAAACCUACAUACCAGAUAAUUUUCUUAAUUUUCUGCGUGUGUGAAGUCUGCCUAUCCGAAUUGGGCCAGCGUGGUGGACUAUUGGCCUAACCCCCCUUAUGCUGAGCGGAGACUCGAGCUCAGCAGUGAGCCGAAUAAGAGUUGAUAAUGAUGAACCCGCUUCCAUCUUAGACUUCACAAUCGUAGUCAAACUGAUCAUUAAAGAAAAAAAAAUGAGACCCCGAUUACCGAAUUUCUCAUAACAAUAUGACUAUAAUGCUUUGUAGCUUUACUAUAUUAUUACUCAGUCAUAUGAUUAUUAUAUAUCAGCCUGUUUUCUUUUUUAAUAAUUCAGUUGAUUGCUUACUUCCUAAUAGGAUUUGGCAUUUAGACCAAGCAAGCUUCGCCAAUGCAGGAUGCUAGGCUUAUUCAGAAGAAUUCAGAAUUAUUACUAACCGUUAUGGUCAUGUCAUGGUCAAACGUACAAAUCACCACAGGUCUCAGUGUGCCUACAACUCAAACGGAAAGUAUUGGCGCGAAAAAAAGAACAAAAGAUGGCGGAUCGACGCGAUCUCAUGCAAAUGGCGGGCUCAAAGCGCCGCCGCUCAUUUAAAUGUCCGUGAUGCGUCCGCGACAGUUUUGCUCUAUUUACGCGAAGCAGCAUUGUCCUUAGAAUCAACUGCAGGGAUCAACUGAGAUAUUUGUGAGCUCGCUUUUACUGCAUUCCGUUCAUUUUUUUUAUUAACUUUUUAUGACUAUUUAUAGAUUUUUUUUAACGUUUUGAGUCCAAAUGCAGACUUCAUUUACCUAGAGGCAAUUCUCACAAUACUUAAACUAAUUUUUGAACAGAAGAUUUGUCUGUUCACGCUUGCCACUCCUAUCAAUCCUAUCUCACCUAUUAAGUACGUAGCUACUUAGGUUUUUUUUAAUUGAGAAAGAAUACAAUAAGCUACUUAAGCUAACUUAACCUAAUAACUAUACAAAUCAUGUCCACGUGGAUUGGUGGCAAGAAUACUGAAAAUAUGUGCCCGUCAACCCGCCUUAGAAUAGGGUGUCUGAGGAGGGGCAGGCUUGGCUCUUAAAAUAGGCAAUUAUGUAUGCACGGAGCCGUGAUAGCCCAGUGGAUAUGACCUCCGAUUCCGCAGGGUGUGAGUUCGAAUCCGGUCCAGGGCGUGCACUUCCAACUUUUCAUUUCAUUCAACGUUGUGUGCAUUUUAAGAAAUUAAAUAUCACGUGUCUGAAACGGUGAAGGAAAACAUCGUGAGGAAACCUGCAUACCAGAGAAUUUUCUUAAUUUUCUGCGUGUGUGAAGUCUGCCAAUCUGCAUUGUGCCAGCAUGGUGGACUCCUAACUCCUUUUAUUCUGAGAGGAGACUCGAGCUCAGCAGUGAGCCGAAUAUGGGUUGAUAACGCUACGAUGUAUGAUUAUGAAUAGGAUGAUAACCUAUGUGAGGCCUGUUUUUACGUUGGGCGUUAGGGCAUUAGAUUCCCCACCUAUAGUCCACAACUUUAGGCUUUUUACACAACAAUAUCACUACUCAAAAAGGUUCUUUUAGGCGACACUUUUCGUUUCGAUUCACAUACAUUUUAUUUUUAAUAAUAAGCUUUAAGGCUCUGGGUUCUAGCCCUUUUGAGCCCGGAUUCACAUACAAUUAAUUAAUUAUCUUGGACUAAUUAUAGAAGGACCUGCCUCGCAAGACGUUACCUCUCUGUCAAUCAAUCAACGAUCUAACGCGUGUAUACUUAUAUCGUAUCGAUGUUUCAUUGUUGUAAUCGUUUUCGUCGACUGAAAAAACUCCCUAAUCAUUCCGUUUUGUGUAGUAAGUAGUUCAAUGGCAUGAAAAAUGGUCAACAACUUCUAAUUCACUAAAAGAUGACGUGACGUUCGAUUUCAGUUUCACCUGAUGGUAAGCGAUGAUGCAAUCUAAGAUUUUUUUUUUAUUGUUUACAAGUUAGCCCUUGACUACAAU